AUGUCGCGGAGUGUGCCGGCGCUGCCGAGGUUCAAGUUUGCGGCCCUCCCAGCUCCUCCUUUGCAUUCCCAGUUAAGGGCGCGCACUCUUCUAGCUAGAAGUCGACGACGGUUCAAGAGUGCGCAAAUUUUUGAACUGCACCAGCGACAUUGCAGAGGGGCUACUGGCGGCAGCAGGUCUCAAGGAUCUGACUCCGAGCACACGUGGCCGAGAGAUUUGACGUACGCUGUUGUUCUCCUUUUACUGACCAUCUGCGAAGGACGACACGCAUGCGCCUUGAGUGGGCUCAGGCCUCUAAGCACGCGGCAAGACGUUCUGCCUGAUGUGACGAGCGGCAACAUGGCACGGAAGGACUUCAGCAUGCCAGAGUCGCCUGGCAGGGACAUAGCCGUCAAGAAGCUGCAGCGAGCUUGGAAGUCUUACUGGAACAGAAAAGUCUACCGAUACUUCCGGGACCUUAUCAGAUUCCGAGAAAGGGGUGACCCAGCACUGCUCCUGCGCUCGAUCAACCCCACAGAGGCCAGAUACGCGGAAGCUGCGGCUGGCCUCCACGUCCGAUUCCGGCUGGGCGGAGAUACUUUCCCUCCUAUGGUCUUCUACAAGAUCUACACGCACCGGCCAGUCACCGACGUCUGCUCCUUCUGCCCCCGGGACUACGCCGCCCUGUCCCAGAGGCGGGGCAAGCGCCAACCGGGCACGCGAAAGCAGUCGGGGGGGGAGGAAGAAGACUGGUACCUGAGGUGGGAGAACAACGGCUGGCGCCCGGUUGCCGAGCGGUUGCUCCAACCGGUGGACCCAGUUACCGUGCGCACCGCGGCCGUACGGCGACCGUUCCAUUACUCCAAACUAAAGCGGCGGGAAGACCUGGAGCAGCUCGCUCGACGGAAAAAGUUAGAAUGGUUCCAGCAGAUGUAUAAAUCAGGACGAGAAGCAUCAGAUUUCGGAACGGAUGAUUCCGGUCCCCCGGGCGAUGACGUUUCUGCGGCCGAAGGGGACUCUGAAGAUUGUGACUUACUUAGCUGGACUACAGGUCUUGACUUCGACACGUACCAGCGGGAGUGGGUGACUCUAGCAACUUCUUCUCGGCAAGAUAGCCAGGAGACCGAUGGAGCCGUGUAACGAAACCUCCUGAUGGCUGGUCUGUCAUGUGUCCACCUUUGGAUGGGACAGUCAAGGCCAGGUUGCUUCAUUCUAGCUCCCUGUCCUGAUGUACAUGGGAUGGAUUGCAGCUGUCGCGUGUCAUGUAAGCGGACUGUCUUGAGGGUCGUUGCAGUUUCUAUGGUGCUGAC